CACACUUAGUGGAAGAGGGACACUAGAUGUCUUGGAAGACACGGACAUAUAUACAAUGGCGAAGUACUACAAUUUGGUAGCGCUGAACAUCGUCAUCAUUUUCCUGUUCUUCACGUUGCCCAUUCUGUCAGCCCUGUUCAUUGUCCUAUUGUCCCCGCUUGUAAACACAGUUCUUCUCCUGAGUAUCACCGAUGCUAUCACCUACACGUACCCCACCGAGGUCAGCCCACGUCCCUGGGUCUUCUUCAUCUGGGCCUUUAUCUUCAUCUGGCAGAUCAUCUGGAUCUUCUACUCCAUGAACUUAAGCUACCGGGUAGUUCGUGGAGGACCAUCAGUCCUCCUCACCUCAGUCUUCCUUGGCAUCUUCAUCCUCAGCCUUCUCUUACACGUAGCUUUGAACAUCGCCGCCGUUUUCGUGCUAGUGUUAGCCUUCGUCUUCCUGAUCCUUCUCUCCGCAAGCCUCUUUGCCUGCCUAGCACUGUCUUACAAAUCCCUGUAUGACAAUAGACAGAUACUGGCUGAUCAACAGCGUGGACUGGAUGACUCCCUUGUCAGAGGUUUGGUCCACAACGGUCUAGGCCUGUACGCUACCUGGACCUUGAUUGCUGCUCUGAUAAACAUCGCGGUCCUCAUGACCUACAGAUCUAAUCCACCGAUUGACCAGAGCACUGCCUCAACUGUAAGCCUGGCCUUCAUAGCCGCGUUUUUGGUCGUGUACUUCAUCACUGACCUUACCGUGUUUGACAAAUAUUCCCGCUACACCUUCACACCCUACGUUGCUCUUUUGUGGGCGCUCGUUGCUAUCCUGGUCAACAACGUUGACUUCAGGAAGCACAACACCAUCUUCACCGCCGUGUUGCUUGGGCUGACUGGUUUGAGCUUAAUUGUCAAGAUUGUUGUGGUGUGUGUCAAGAAGAAAACCAACCCCUUGUUUCCUGACCCAACUGCUGUCAAGGACACUGUAGUUGGACACGGUGGACCUUAGUCAGGAAAUAUUGCAGUUGUACAAACCGUUACAAGCUUCACUACUUUCAUAAGAGUUCCAGUAUACAGAUCUAAUUGGAUGAUUAGAAAUAGUUGUAGUGGUAAAGAAUGAAGCUAGCUAUGUGUUAAAUGCAGGAUGUUUUCACACGGAUAUGGCCGCUCUCCCUCACAAUAUUGCAGAUCCGGGGUAGAAUAGGUCUUCAGCAACCCAUGCUUGCCGUAAAUGGUACUCCGAAUGGGUACGCAAUAGGAUAAGAUGGCAAUGUGGUUGUUAACCUUCUGGUCCAAAGUACAUGUUCAACCAGCAGUGAAUGGGUACGCAAUAGGAUAAGAUGGCAAUGUGGUUGUUAACCUUCUGGUCCAAAGUACAUGUUCAACCAGCAGUGAAUGGGUACGCGGUAGGGUGAGAUGGCAAUGUGGUUGUUAACCUUCAAGCUGACAAGGUGCGGAUGUCGUCUGUGGGAAGACUCCACACCCUGCUACACCAGCAUCAUAUAGAGCAACAACUGGAUGUCCUAGUACAAUUAGUCUUUGUACAUGUACAUAUAUGUUCCUUCUUACACACAGUUUGGGUAAAGGUAUCUUGGUUUAGUAUUUUUGCACGUUUUUCAACCACAUGCUAACGGCUACACAAAGUAGUCUAUUUAUUUGCAGGCGGCAGUUUCGAAAUCUACAAUAUAUUGUACACACGCACUGGGUGUAGCACUCAC